AUGUCGCGUCGAAGCAGAGGAAUCGCAAUUGCUAUCCGUUUGCUAGAGGAACUGACAAAGGGAGAAGAGCCUGCGGAUUUCGCGUCGGUGAAGGAGGGGAAGAGUCGCUCCAGAAUCCCUCAUGCGCUCUGGAAGCUUGAUCCAACCGCCAUCGAGCGAUCGAUGUCGGAGUUGAUUCACGCCGGAGUUCCUUGUUCAGAGGUCGGGGGCUUUGCGGAGGCGGAGGACUCUGUACGAUGCAAAUUUUACAAACAAACACUUGGGUUAGAGAAAUAA